UGGAAAAUCCAUACUAUUGCUUUAUGAGGUUAAAUUCCACAUCCAUUACCGAUUCUUCAGCAUAAACUAUCCCAACCAGUCGCUCCGGACGUCUGAAUAGAUUCAUUCGAGAAUUUUGUGGUUAUUUGGAGCACCUCUUGGAAAAUAUUUGUUCAUCGUUCCCCCCUGGAAGUAUUGCUGGUUUGGACUCUACCGAGGACCCGGGUUUACCCCUGUUUUGAAUUAGAAAGUUGAAUAAGAUCAAAAGUCAGAUCAAGGAUCUUCCAGUACCGACAACAAGGACAUAAUAUUCAUCCGAGAGACAACUUAAAACACUAAGAUGUAUCGAAACUUUGGAAACCAAGGGAGAGGCAACUCGUCUUUCGCCAAUAGUGACACCGGGUCGCCACACACUGGCUCAAGUUCUGUAUCUCUGGGAGCUGCUAGCACCUCAACCACACAACAGGAGCAGAAAUUCACCAUGGCGGGAAAUAGCCAAUUUGUACCAAGUCUCAACGCUAUCACCACCAACCAGGACCUCCAAUGGAUGGUCCAGCCUUCCUUUGGGUCUCCACCAGGCCCUUCACAGUCUCCAAGACCCUCUUUCCAAGCUCACUCAGGGAUGCGACCAAUGGGUCAAAGAACGUCCCAAACACAUUUUUACAGACCAGGGGUCAUCCGAGCUGCUUCCCACUCCACAGGUUCCACCAGGCGCAGAAAUGAUGAACACUUAUCACCAGAAGAGAUGGAGAGGCGGAUGAUUCGGAGAGAACGGAACAAACUGGCUGCUGCAAAGUGUCGUAACCGCCGCCGGGAGUUGACUGACACACUACAAAAUGAGACUGACGAGUUGGAAGGGGAAAAGUCCCGUCUUCAGAAGGAAAUCACUGAACUACAGAAGAAGAAGGACAAGCUAGAGCUCGUCCUGGAAGCCCACCGUCCCAUCUGUAAAAUCGAAGACUCCAGCUCCGACUCCGACUCCCGCCCACCGCUGUCAAUGUUGCAGGGAAUCAAGAUGGAACCAGAGAGCUCAGAGCAGCCCGGGCCUUCGUCAAAACCUCAGUCAGCAAAGAGGCUCGCCAAGCCCAAACCAAAGAUAACUAUCCCGCCCAAGCCCGCGACAACACUGGCUACUGUGAUCAGUGCCCCCGAAUCUGAAUCCCUCCACACGCCCAUCCUUAUGUCCACUCCAUCUUUUACUCCCUUCACCGCAAAUUUAGUCUUCACCUAUCCCUCCGCCCCUCUAGACAGCCUUGCCUCUGGUACAUCGCAUGCCACUCCUUCCUCCUCUUCCUCCCACCAUGCUAAUCCCCAGCACUCUCUCAACCUCGCCGCCCAACACUGUGGCAUAGCUCAUCGUCGUAGCAGCAGCAGCGGUGACCAAUCCGAUCACUCCCUUCACUCCCCGACCAUCAUCUCUCUUUGAUUGACAACUCUGGUGUCAUGGUUGAACAUUCGUUUACAGUAUCUCCUGGGGAAUAGAGUACAACAGCACAUAACACAUAUGAAAUCGAUCUCAAUGAUUACUAUGAUGUCAAUUCUGUUGCUUAUUUAGAUACCCCGCACCUACAUAUCGUAUAUUUUUUUUACUGUUUUUUUUUACUGGGCAUUACCUAGAUAUACUAUGCAUAUUACUGGGAUAAUAGGGUUAUAGUUACAUUUGUUUUAAGCAUAACCAUAGAACACGUUAAAACAUUUACUGAUACAUUUAUGAUGAAUGUAUUGAAAAUAUUUUUUUUUUGAGAGAAGCAUUUAUAUUUGACUGUUUAAUCUAAUUUUGCUGAAUAACAAAUGUGAUAACAUUACAGUGAAAUUCUUCCUGUACUGUGUUUCUCACAUUAAGGAAGUGUUGGCUAUUUAUACAAACCUAUUUUUUGUAAUAUGAUAGAAUUUAAAAUAAUUGAAAAGUAAUGAUUGACUACUUAGGCUGGACCUAGCAGCUCAUAUUCAGUUUUAAAAUUCCAAUAAUAUAUUUAUUUUGGAGAGCAUAAUAUAUUUUUUGAUAAAACUGUUAUUCUGACUAAUUGAACGUUUUUUUUGAUGUGAUAUGCCUUAUGCUUGACCUAUUUCAAAGCUGCUAUCUUUCAAAGUUGGUAAAAGGGUUUGAGAAUUGAUAGUGUGCAACCCUAGGGUCCUAAUGCUCAUUGUGUAACAUCAAAGUAGCGGAUGAAUGACACUUUGUUAAACUUUGUGGGCAAAAGCACCAAUACCUAUGCAGACUUCUUUGCUGUCCAACAAAAAAAACGAGGAUUCUCCAAGUGUGUCUCUGGUUAAGUGGACAGGACAUUGAUAGACACAAGUGUCAUAGAAUACAUGUUUCCUAAAGUUAAAUACAGAAGGAAAGAUCAGAACAAAUCAAGAGUCACACCCAUUGUAUUUAAAGCUCUUCAAUUCAUUAAGAGCAUAACCCAGCAAUAACAGCCAACAAUAAAGCAAACCUCUUUCAA